CUAAGGUUGUUUUUCCGAUUUGAGCCAAUUAGCACGCUAGCAUGUUCCUGGAGCUCUGGCGCCUUGCAUGGAGGCUUAUUAGAUUUGCCCUCAUUAACACGUCCAUCUGAUUUUUACAGUACUGAAGCUUUGAAUUCUUUAUUUUUCUUCAUAUUUUUCCGAAUAAAUCUGACCCGAACUUAACGAGGACACUUUGUUGUCUGCGGUCGAGAUUCCACUGAGUUGUGGAGUAUGAGGACACAAUGAAGCGGCGCUCGGACGAUCAGGAAACAGCGUUUGGGUCUCAGCGGCGGCUUCCCGGAGGCGCAGAAAGCUUUCAUCACCGUGUUGUUGCUGCUGCAUCUUCCGUAUACGGGGCUGCCUCAGAAAACAUGCAGCCUGCUGCUGGUGUGCAGUACUCUCAGGUCCCUCAGACUUUUCAGGUGCCCUUGGCUCAGAGCUCUGGAGGACAUGGACACAGUGACAGUCCUGCAGUGCACGCUGGCGCACAUCAUCACGGCCCUGUGGUCCAGCCUACAGGAGCUGCCUUAGGUCAGGGUCACUCUCAUGCCCCGCCUGCUUCUGCUCCAACACCAGGCCAGCAGCAGUUCCAGAGGCUUAAGGUGGAAGACGCUCUUUCCUACCUUGAUCAAGUGAAGCUCCAAUUCGGGAAUCAGCCACAAGUUUAUAACGAUUUCCUGGAUAUAAUGAAAGAGUUCAAAUCUCAAAGCAUCGAUACACCAGGCGUGAUUAACAGAGUGUCGCAGCUGUUUAAGGGCCAUCCAGACCUCAUCAUGGGCUUCAAUACCUUCCUGCCCCCUGGCUACAAGAUAGAAGUGCAGACUAACAACAUGGUGAACGUAACGACCCCAGGCCAGAUCCAUCACAUCACCCCGCAUGGCGUUUCAGUGCAGAACAUCCCCAUAACGCAGCAGGCUCAGCACCAGAGCCAGACUUCAGCCCCCACAAGCACCGCUGCUCUCCCCAUGCCCAGCCAGCCCACACCUGCCAAGAUCAGCAAGCCCAUGCAGUCUCCUGCUCUGACCCCAACCAGCCAGCACAAUCCGUCCAUCCCAUCCUACGCCUCGCCCCGCUCCCCCUCAGUCCAGUCUCACACACCGGUGAGCAGCACACCUGCCAGCGCUCCUCCGCUGCAGAACAACCAGCCUGUGGAGUUCAAUCACGCCAUCAACUAUGUCAACAAGAUCAAAAACCGCUUUCAAGGCCAACCAGAUAUCUACAAAGCAUUUCUGGAGAUUCUGCACACGUACCAGAAAGAGCAGCGGAAUGCAAAGGAAGCAGGUGGGAACUACACUCCGGCUCUUACUGAGCAGGAAGUGUAUGCUCAAGUAGCCAGGCUUUUCAAGAACCAAGAGGAUCUGUUAUCCGAGUUCGGACAGUUCCUGCCAGAUGCCAACAGUUCUGUGUUAUUGGGCAAAACGAGCACAGAUAAGCCAGAGUCUGUGCGCAUGGAUCCCAGCAGUGUUUUGAAGAGGCCACAGCUCAACAACAACAAGCAGAGAUUCAACCAGAAUGGCUGCCAGAUUCGUAGACACUCUGGGCCUGGUGCUACUCCCCCUUUAAAGAAGAAGCCAAAGUUUAUGGGGAAAGAACACCCAGUGGCUGAAGGCAGCAAAUUUGGAAUCGGCACUGAAUCUUUGUUUUUUGAAAAGGUGAGGAAAGCACUAAGAAGCACAGAGGCCUAUGACAAUUUCCUGCGUUGUUUAGUGAUCUUCAACCAAGAGGUGAUCUCGAGAGCAGAACUAGUGCAGCUGGUGCUACCUUUCUUAGGGAAAUUCCCAGAGCUGUUUACUUGGUUCAAGAAUUUUCUGGGCUACAAAGAGUGUGCCCAAAUGGAGAGCUUUCCCAAAGAGCGUGCUACGGAGGGCAUUGCUAUGGAGAUUGAUUAUUCUUCCUGCAAGAGACUGGGUUUCAGUUACAGAGCUCUGCCUAAGAGCUUCCAGCAGCCCAAAUGCACAGGAAGAUCUCCACUCUGUAAGGAGGUUCUGAAUGACACGUGGGUGUCUUUCCCGUCUUGGUCUGAGGACUCCACUUUUGUCAGCUCCAAAAAGACACAGUACGAAGAGCACAUAUACAGAUGUGAGGACGAGCGCUUUGAGCUCGAUGUGGUGAUCGAGACAAACCUGUCCACUAUCCGUGUUUUGGAGACCGUUCAGAAGAAACUCUCGCGGAUGUCAGCAGAAGAACAGGCCAAAUUCAGGUUGGACAACACCAUGGGAGGCUCCUCAGAGGUCAUUCACCGCAAAGCCAUUCAGAGGAUAUAUGGGGACAAAGCUGCAGACAUCAUUGAUGGUCUCAAGAGAAACCCUGCAGUCUCUGUACCGAUUGUUCUGAAAAGACUCAAAAUGAAAGACGAAGAGUGGCGCGAGGCUCAAAGAGGCUUUAACAAGAUCUGGAGGGAACAGAAUGAGAAGUAUUACCUCAAGUCAUUGGACCACCAGGGUAUUAACUUCAAACAGAACGACACAAAAGUGUUCCGCUCCAAGACAUUGCUCAACGAGAUCGAGACUCAGUAUGAUGAGCGGCAGGAGGCAUCAGAUGACAACGGCUCCUCUCCGUCGGGCCCUCACAUGACUCUGCCUUAUGAAGAUGGUCAGAUCCUGGAAGACGCAGCUGCCCUCAUCAUCCACCAUGUCAAGAGGCAGUCCGGCAUCCACAAGGACGACAAGUAUAAGAUCAAGCAGGUCAUCUACCACUUCAUCCCCGACAUGCUGUUCGCCCGGCGCGGCGAGCUGUCCGACGUGGAGGAGGAAGAGGAAGAAGAGGAGCCCGAUCCUGAUGAAGAUGGAGCAAAGAAGCCUAACGGUACAACUCAGCCCAAAUCCAAGCUGCUGUUCAGUCACACAACGCCGGCGCAGCAGAAGCUCAGCACUUGCGACGAGGCCUACAACCUCUUCUACGUCAACAACAACUGGUACGUCUUCCUGCGGCUGCACCACAUGCUGUGCUCCAGGCUGCUUCGCAUCUACAACCAGGCUGAGAAACAGAUCGAGGAGGAGACCAGGGAGAGGGAGUGGGAGCGCAAUGUGCUAGGGCUCAAGAGAGAGAAGAAUGACAGUCCAGCUGUCCAGCUGCGCCUGAGGGAACCCCUGGAUAUUGACGUCGAGGACUACUACUCCGCCUUUCUGGAGAUGGUGCGCAACCUUCUGGAUGGCAAUAUGGAGACAUCUCAGUAUGAGGACCAGCUGAGGGAGAUGUUCACCAUCCACGCCUACAUCGCCUUCACCAUGGACAAGCUCAUACAGAGCAUCGUCAGGCAGCUCCAGCACAUAGUGAGUGAUGAGAUCUGUGUUCAGGUGACAGAUCUUUACCUCACUGAAUGUUCCAAUAAAGCAACAGGUGGCACCACAUCCACUCAGUCAUCCAGGACCAGCGCCGAGGCGAGCUACCAGCGCAAAGCUGAACAGCUAAUGGCAGAGGAGAAUUGCUUCAAGCUACUGUUCCAGAAGAGCAAGGGGAGUGUACAGCUGGCUGUAGAGCUGCUGGACACUGAGGAGGAGAACUCUGAUGAGCCCAUGGAGUUUGAGCGUUGGCAGGAUUACGUUGAGAGUUACGUGAACGCGGACUCGGCGUCCCCGGAGCUGAGGGAGCAGCUCUCCCAGAAGCCUGUGUUUCUGCCCAGAAACCUCAGGCGGGUCAGGAAGUGCCAGCGAGGGCAGCACGUCCAGAUGAGAGAAGCGAGCGAAGCAGCUAAGAAAACCGCCGAUGGUGCAGAGGACCCCAAAAUGGAAUGCAUGUUUAAGCUCAACUCGUACAAGAUGGUGUACGUUAUUAAGUCAGAGGAUUACAUGUACAGGCGCACAGCGCUCUCGAGAGCCCAUCAGUCCCACCAGCACGUCAGCACACGUCUGCACCAGCGUUUCCAGACCUGGCUAGACGCAUGGAGGAAAGAUCACGUGGCCAAUGAGCUGGCCACCGACAAUCACAAGUGGCUUAUGGGAGAAAGCCAGGAGGGGCUGCGGGCCUGUAAAACGAGCUGUGAACCUUGUAUCCUUCACUUCCAGAGCAUCAACAGAUACCGGGUCACCUACAGCAGCACUCCAUAACACCCCUCUCUCUGUCCUUGUGUCAUUUCAGAGAGCUGGUGCUGUUUUAAUAUUCUUUUUCUUUUUUUUAAAUUUUUUUUUUUUAUUUUACUUUUUAAGAAGAAAGAAAGUUGACUGGAGCAGCACUGAAAUUGAACGCUGGUUGCCAUGGAGCUCUUUUCAGACUCCUGAAUCUUGUCCAUUUUUAACUUUUUAAAACUUUUAGAUGGGAACUUCGUGGCACAUCUUUAUGAUCUUUCAGUCACCAUGGAGAAAAAGUCCUGCCCCCCACCCCCCCGCCAUUCUUUUUUUAUUUAAAUUUUUUACUUAUAAUUUUUUUUGGAGUAAUUCCAGACGGUAUUCAAAGUCUGAGGCCACUCAUAAAGAUGUACAAUUAUUAUCACAGGUCAAUGUGUACCGUUUUUCAUUUCUAAUAUUGUCUUGUGAAGUUAAGUUGUAGAUUUUUAGCAAUAUGCCCCCUUUUUGUUUGAAGUUUUUUUUAUUUUUUAUUUUAUUUUAUUUUUUUCUUCCUUGGUUCGAUGUUAACCAUGCCCUCAGAAACACUAUUGCGAAUUGCAGCCAGACUCGAUUUGUGGAAUAAAUAGGAUACCGAAUGCACUGACUGUGAAGAAAGCUCUAUCUUUGUAUGAGAUCAUGCAGCGUGGUCUGACCUGACGACGUGAAUUUGUACAAGUCCAUGUAAUCGGUCUGUGCACUUAAAUAUUUAUACACCCCCGAGGAUAAUCAUGCAUUAACGGUUGUCUAAGAUACCAGCUUCAAAAUAUGACAGCAGCCACAGAAUAUCUGAUAUUGUAAAUACCUUGUAUAUAAGCCAGACUGUUUAUAUUCAAAUGAACAUUAUAAUGUAGUUCACCUUUUAGACUUUAUUAUCUUAGCAGAUGUGACUGAUGCUGGUCUGUAUAUUAUAAACAAUGACCUUUUUACCAAAGGAAGUUAUUGUUAAUGUUUUUUUUUAUUAUUAUUAUUGUUUAAUUUCUAUUCUUUUUUUUCUUUUUCUUUUUAAAUCUGCCUCAUCAUCCUUUUGUGGUCGUGACUUGUCUGGACUUUUAAAGAAUGUUCUGUAUGUAGAAUUAAUUUUUUUUCUGAUUUAUUUGAAGGAUUUUUACUCCACCGUAUAUGGAAAUUUGUGAUACUGCCCGUGCUAAUAUAAUACUUAGUAGAAAUUAGAAACUAUUCACAGUUCUUGUCCUGUUUUGCCUCCCUCUUCUAGUCCAAAUAUGAAAAGUUGUGAAAGUUUCAUUUUGUCACACUUUUCUUGUGCACCAUGCGGUGAUGACUGCUGAGACGUACGUAAAAGCAAAUUAGAAAAGAAAAAAAUACAGUGAUGGCAUGUUUCUAUGUUCUCAUGUACAGACUUUUGUAUUAUUCAUUAUUGUUUUAAAGAUUGAAAUAAAAAGUUGUAGUUAACAGUAAAAUUCACAGGGGAAAAAAAA